UUUCUAAUAGGAGGUUAAUCAAGAAAACCAUACCUGAGCUCAUGAGAGUCAUGUAGAUGGAGGGGUAGUCUUUGAAAAACUACAUGAGUAGAUUCAAUGAUGCAGUUCUUAAGGUUAGCUCAUUUGAUCAAGCUGUGGGAAUCACAGCCGUAAUUCAAUGCCUCAAUCAUGAAAGAUUCAGGGACAAUCUCAUUAAGCAUCCCCUUGUUACCUAUGAUGAAGUUAACGUUAGGUCGGGCUACAUUAACGGAGAUCUGAACUGUAGUCUCCCAAUCUCAUAUCUAUAUGAAGUUCCCCACUCCCAUGGGAAUAACAACACUACAGGGGUCAAGAUACCUGAUAAUCAGCCAGAGAAUGAAACCCAGGCUGCUCCAAUUGAAGAUGUUGAGGAAGUACAUAUUAAUGACAAAGAUCUGAAUAGAAAAACCCAAAUUGGAACUCAUUUGAAUCCAAAGGAAAGAGCUGAGCUAAUAGCUUUCCUCCGAGUUAACAAAGAUGUUUUUGUGUGGACUUCUACAAACAUGCCAGGAAUCCCCGCCUUUGUAUCUAUGCACAAACUUAGCACCAAUCCCUUGAAAAAGCCAGUUGCACAAAAACAACAUCUCUUCGAAGGGGAGAGACUCAAGGUGAUUAAAGAUGAAGUAGAAAAACUUUUGCAAGUAUGCUUUAUUAGAAGAGUUGAUUAUUGUGAAUGGGUUUCCAACCCAAUGUUUGUCAAGAAAGAUAAUGGCAAGUGGUUAAUGUGCAUCGAUUACACUAAUCUCAACCAGGCCUGUCCCAAGGAUUAUCCCAAGGACUAUUAUCCAAUGCCAAAAAGACAAAUCUAGAAAGUAGAAAAAGUUUGAAUGGAAUUCAGAAUGCCAAGCUGCAUUCGAUGAGCUUAAGUCUUAUCUUAGCUCACCUCUAUUCUUGAC